CAACAAACACUAAAGAAUUAUAUAAAAGUCAACAGAUCUACUCUUUCCUUUUCAUAUCACAAAGCAAACUUGGCCUACUACUUAAGCUAACACCAUCAGGAGAAAGAUUCAAGAACACACCUAAUAUCACAAGAAAAAAAGAAGACCACUUUUGUUUUUUCAACACCACCACACAAAGACCAUGUUUAGAGCCAUGAGCACUAGGAAAAUCCAUGGUGGCUACGAAAAGCUAGGCGACGAAGAAGCGAUAUUGAAAAGGGUCUCGAGCGUUCCGGCUAGUGCUUAUGGUCAAUCAAGAAAUCCGGUUCAAGAAGUGAAGAAGACACCGACGACGGUGAAACCAACCGGUGGUGGUUCUGCUCAUCCUUUGUUUAGUUUCUUUGACGUUCAUUUCCAAAGGAAGCAUAAGAAGAAGAGUACGACGAAGACGAAGAAGAGUUUGGCUACUUCGAAACCCGAGUUUGCGAGGUAUAUGGAGUAUGUGAAAGAAGGAGGUGUGUGGGAUCCAAGUUCUAACGCACCUGUGAUUCAUUACAGAUAAGAUUCGUCAUGGAAAAAAAAAUGAAUAAAAAGAUUUGUAUAUCGUUUUUCUUUUUAUAACAUAUAAUCUCUUCAGAAAAUUGAAUAUGUCUAUCAGUCUAUGUGAUUCGAUUUGAAAGAUGGAAUAAGCAAUAUAAAUUUGUCA